GAACAUUGUAUCAUCAAAGCUUUUUUUCUGUAAGAGACAGAUUCUUACCUAAACUCAUAUGCUCAGCAGAAGCAGCAGAGAAAACAGGCUGACGUGAGAAUAAGACCUGGCAUCCCUUUUGCCCCAUGAUUGUCGUUCACCAAGUUUUCCCAGCAUUAUCCAUUUUGUCUCUAGCACUCAUGGGCUAAUGACACAGGCUCUGUUCAGUAGUUCCCGUUUUGUACACACGUGGGAAGUAUCCUGCUCAGGCGCAGACAGUCACCAGUUGGUGUCAGCAGCAUUGUACAGACCAGCACAAACCAGCACUGUCUGGGCUAAUGAGAGUUCAACAUGCCUCUAACCGUGAGUGAGCAUUGACUAACGAGCUGGUACAAAUUCCUCUGAGUCUGCAGUGAGACAAAGUUCAGCUAUGGCGAUGACUGAUAGAGCCAUAAGGGAAGCAGAUCUUCCUUGGAAAACUGCUGGCACCGCUCGAUUUAGAUAACUCCCUUAUAUGUCCUGGGAGGCAUGCAACUAGCUUUUGUAGGAAUUCACUUCAGUAAGGAAAAGUUGCUGGCUGUCACAGAGAUCCUUAGACCCUUCCUUUGCUCUUUGGUCACAGCCUGCCCAAUAUCCUGCAAAGAUCCUGGCUUCCAAGCACUGAGCCAACAAACACAUGGAUUUUGGAAGUGCUACAGGGAACGAGAGCAUAAGUGCUCUGACAGAGCAAGCGCAGCAUCUUGCUAAUGAAAAUGUGCAGUUGCAAGAUCGGGAUGAGAGGCUGUACACAAAGCUUGGAGACAUGCAGGAGAGGAUGGGGAAGCUGGCUGGCUCCAAAACAGAUUUGUCAGCCAGACUGGUCUUCAGUGAAGAGGAAAAACUGAAGAUUUCCAGAGACCUUGUGGAUCUCCAGAUUGAGACAAACAAAAUGAGGGAGCAGUAUGAGACAGAGAACUUUGAACUGAAAAAUAUGAUCCUGUCCCUGGAGAACCGUGUGCUGGAGCUGGAGGUCUCCAGUGAGAAAGUCGCAGGGGAGCGGGAUGCCUUGCAGGCACGUCUGCACGCAGUGGAGACCAAUCGGAAGGAGCUGGCAGAUGAGUACAUCAUUUUGAAAAGCAAUUAUCUGGCACUAGGCAAGGAACUUGACCAGGAGGUCAUGAAGAAUGAAGAGCUCAGCCUAGAACUGCUCAACCUGGCCAAUGCCAGGAGCAACCUUCCCCAUUCACAGGACAACCGCUACCACUCCCACGCCAGGGACGACGAAUCCUCUGCUGAGCUGGAAAGAGCGCGUGCAAUGGUCCACCGUCUCUCUGCUCGAAAGGUGAAGCCAGAAGAUGUAGCUGCCCCUGAGCACGAGCAGCGAAAGCUGGAGAGAAAUUUGCUUGGAAACCAAGAUCACAUAAAAGUGGAGCUUGAAAAGAUGAAGAAAACCUAUGAUUUGCAGCAGCAGAAGCUGGAGGAGAGAGUGAUCACAAUGGGGAAGGAGCUGCAGGAGGCGAAGAGAGCAAUCCGUGACACCCAGCACAAACUGGCGGAGCAGUCAGCAGUGCUGCUCACCUCCCAGAGCCAGCUCCAAGAGGUGGAGGCAGAGAACUCCCGGCUCCAGCUCAGGCUGAAGGAGCUGAACGAGGAGUAUCGCUUCCGGCUCACACAGUACAUCAAGGACUUGGCGGACUACAUGGACAGCAAAUCCAGCAACCUGAAGGGGCCUAGCAGAGGCCCAGCUGAUCAUGCUCACAUGAAACGCUUUGUGGACAGCAUGCUGAAGGAUAUCAAGGCUUCGCACAAGUCUCGGGAAGAGCAGCUAGCUGGAGCAGCACGUGGCUACAAGAAACGCAUGAAAAACUUAGUCAAGAAGCAUGAAAACCUGCUAAUUGCUUACAGGAUGCAGCGAGAGCAGAUCCAGGCCCUGGGCAGCAGUGAUAUGGACUCUGGCCCUGCUGAGUUCCACUUUUCCAUCACAGACUCAGAGCUGCUGACAAACACAACCCAGGAGUUAAACCGGCUGCGGGAGGAUAAAGCAAAACUGGAGAUGGAAUUGCAUGAAUUGCAGGAGAAGAAAAGACUGAAAGAAACCUCUGGCGCUGGGCUGUCCCCCAAGCAGAAGCUGGAUGAAGAGGGCUGGGCAGAGGUCAGGAAGCAGCUCCGGGAGUUUGCACAUACCACCCAGGAGGAUUUGGAGACAGAGAGAAGCCAGCUGCUGACUCGGGCAAUCGUGGCAGAGGAACAGGUGUCAGAGCUGCAGGAAUACAUCGAUAAGCAUCUUGCAAGGUACAAGCAGGAGAUUCUCCGGUUAAGGAAACUCGUUGGCAGCGAGGUACCACGUGCACUCAGCGCUGGGGCCACUGAUACUCACUCACUGCAGAGAUCCAAAAGGACCGUCAGCCAUGAACUAUAGCCCUUCCCCAGGCCUCCGAGAAGCAGCAGAAUUGGAAGAAAGAGCAGGGUUUAAAAGGAAGGGGCUUUCAGUUCUGUGGACUGGCUGAGGCACGUAUUCAUCCCUUGGCUGAGGGCUGGGACAUGCAGAGAAGGAAACCACGUGGGUGUUCUCAGUCUCAAAUUAACAGUACUAAAAUGGGACAAGACAACUGUGUCUUGUCUAUCCUCUGACCCCUUAGCUGUAGGAAUGGUUCUGAUGUUCCCUGAGCACAUCACAACUGGGGACACGGGGCCAUUUCCCAGGCAGCUUUUUACUGCGUGACUGCAGUGACAGGUUCCCACUCUUGCCUUCUGCUAGGAUGGUGCAAUAACAUUUCUGCCAGGUCAGACCCAGAGCAAGGCGCUCUGAGUCUAAGUGCUAACUCUGCUUCUGCCUCUGCCCCCUUCUGAGUUUGUGAAGGAUGAGGCCAGGGAGGGUUCAGGCUACACUUUAGCUCUAAGAGGUUGGACAAAGGGGAUCAGCUGCUCUUUCACGGUGGGAGAACGUUAUUUCUCUGUGUUCGGUGGAGAGCUGGACACCCGCCAUCCUGAGCCCUCUUCCAAGGGAC